GCUUUCUGUUUUUUAAACCAAAAAUGAAGUGAAAGUGAAGUAAUCACUGUCGUCAAAAGGUAACGGUAGAGCGUGUGCUACUUUGUAGGAAUCGAGCGUGGUGAAACCUCCAUUUCAGAAGGUGGCGGUAAAGAUCCUAAACGCUUAUUGUCAAGCUCCUGUGAGACAAUAAGCAGGGGGAAGAAGCUACGUUUCCAGUGAUCCGCCAUAUUGCCUUUCCUCAAACGCACUGUCGUCUCUGUCCGAUUUAUAUAUUCAAGAGAAAAUUUUUACAGCGAUGACUCAGACCGUUCAAACCAACGGGGUCCAACCCCUCAGUAAAACUUGGGAGUUGAGCCUUUAUGAACUACAGAGAACUCCACAGGAAGCAAUAACAGAUGGACUGGAAAUUGCAGUUUCACCACGGUCAUUGCACAGUGAACUCAUGUGUCCUAUCUGUCUGGAUAUGCUGAAAAACACAAUGACAACCAAAGAAUGCUUGCACCGUUUCUGUGCAGAUUGUAUCAUCACAGCAUUAAGAUCUGGGAAUAAAGAAUGUCCUACGUGCCGCAAGAAGUUGGUAUCAAAGAGGUCGCUUCGUCCAGACCCCAAUUUUGAUGCCCUGAUAAGUAAAAUUUACCCCAGCCGGGAUGAGUAUGAAGCACACCAGGAAAGAGUGUUGGCUCGCAUUAGCAAACAUAACAACCAGCAAGCCCUGUCUCACAGCAUAGAGGAAGGACUGAAGAUACAGGCUAUGACCAGAUUACAGCGUGGUAAAAGACAAACCGUGGAGAAUGGUAGCGGAGUUGAGGACAACGGAGACUCCUCUCACUGCAGCAACGCAUCUGUCCACAGCAAUCAGGAGGCCGGUCCGAGUAUAAAACGCACCAAGACAAGCGAUGACAGCGGUCUUGAUAUGGACAAUGCUGCAGAGAAUGGAGGAGGUGACUCUGUGAUUGACGGCGGUGCCAGUGAAAUAGAAUUGGUUUUUAGGCCUCAUCCCACACUGAUGGAAAAGGAUGAUGGGCACAGCAGCGUGGAGUUUGUGCCACGCUACAUAAAGACAUCUGGCAACGCAACAGUGGAUCACCUUUCUAAAUACCUGGCUGUUCGACUGGCUUUGGAAGAACUGAGAAGAAACACGGAGGCCAGUCCUGUAAAUGUGGAGGCAGCUUCGGAGAAACAAUACACAAUUUAUAUACCUACUGCUGGAAACCAGUUCACUGUUCUGAAUGGUUCCUUCUCUCUUGAGCUGGUCAGUGAAAAGUACUGGAAGGUGAACAAGCCCAUGGAGCUGUACUUCGCCCCCACAAAAGAACACAAGUAGAAAUACACAAGAGUACUGGGCCAUGUACACAAACAUGAAAAGGAGAGGGACUUGUAGAGAUGUCUUUGUUGUAUCUUUGUGUCUUUAUUUCCAUGUGUAGAAGGACUGCAGCAGCCAGCAGGUGCAACCAAGUCAAAAAGACCACUUUUGAUUCCAUCACAUCCUACCUGGGAAGAUUAUGCUUUAUCAUACUGUACUUGUCUCCUGCUAAAUGGACAUUUUCUCAGUCUUCUAUUGAAUCUGAAAUUCUUGCUAAUGUUUUUGAGGCAUGUCCGAAAAUAAGACGUGUAUUUAAAUACAGGCAGGAUACUUGGGCGCUGUUCCACAGCUGAUAAUAACAAUGAACACAAAUUACAUUGUUGCUGUGCUCUGGACGCUGCAUUUUUGUUGCUUCAUUGGUUCCUCGUCUCCAUUACAGUACAAUCUGUCUCCCUUGUAGCCACAUUUCAAAAGUCAAUAGCAGAGGUCUUCAUAUCCUCUUUGUAUAGUUUUGAUAAAUAAGCAAACACAUCCUGCAUUAUGGCUCAGUUGAUGACUCCUUUUGUGUGCAGUUUUGUGUUGUAAUGUUCUUGUUCAAACUUAUAGCUUGAUUAUUCAUGUCUGUAUUUCUCAAAAAUGUCAUUUUCCCGAUAUUCCAUGUUAAGUGCCAUUUUGUUAUAUUAAAACUAACUGCCAAAAUACUGGCGUGUUUGGUGUAUGCUGACAGUAUGGGCAAU